AUGGCAGCCAGCAUUUCUUCCGAUGUAAAGCUUCUCGGGUUCCGAGCAAGCCCAUUCGUGAAUCGGGCUCAAUUUGCCCUGAAUCUCAAAUCGGUAAACUACGAAUUCAUUGUAGAGGAUACCGAUAAUAAAAGUGAGCUCCUCCUGAAAUCGAACCCGGUUCACAAGAAAGUCCCUGUUCUCAUCCAUGGAGAUAAGCCCGUUAACGAAUCCCUUGUGAUUGUUCAGUACAUCGAUGAAACCUGGUCUGAUGGCCCUUCUAUCCUCCCUGAAUCUCCUUAUGAUCGCGCCAUCGCCCGCUUCUGGGCUGCUUAUAUUGAUGACAAGUUGUUUGGAUCCAUAAUGAAAUGGCUAACUGAUGCAAAAGACGAAGAGUCGAAGGCAGCAGUUCUGGAGAAGUUUAGUGAAAGUUUAGGAUUGCUGGAGGAAGCUUUUGUGAAAUCUAGUCAUGGAAAGGGAUUUUUUGGAGGAGAGAAUCCAGGGUACCUGGAUAUCGCGUUGGGUUGCCAUUUGGGGUGGCUCAAGGUUGUGGAGAUGGAUGCAAAGGUGAAGCUUCUGGAUGAAACCAAGACGCCGGCGCUUGCAGAAUGGUCUCACAGGAUUCAGUCUCAUGAAGCUGUGAAAGGCACUCUUCCUGAGCCUGAUGAACUCCUCAGCGCUCUUUAG